AUGUUUGAGGUUGGUAUCCUCAAGGGUAAACAGUCAAUAGGAACGAUAUCUCAGGAGGAUUUAGAUUUGGCUGGCAAUCUAUUGUGUGGAAUCAACAAAGCAGGCAUCGACCGGAUAAACCACACGGCGAUCGAGGCGAAUAUUAGAACGAUUGAUGAAUGUACAACCCUGGGAAAGACAGAACGUGAGGCAGCUUUAUCCUUAUAUACAUCUGUCAAGCAAAUUACCAGCGGUACUAAGGUCAAGGCAACAACAUUGAUAGAUUUAGGAACAUUGGCAACCGCUCUACCCACUGACAUUAUUAACGACAUUCCUCCUGAAAUCCUUGCCGAAGGUGCACCCUUCUCUAUGGAAGCGAUAGAAGGAAAGAAGAAAUCCCUUGGUAUAAGAAAAAAGGCAGGAUUCAAAAAUGAUAUCACUGCAGAUGAACAGGCGAGUUCAGAUAAGAUGGAAAAAUACUUCGAGGCAAAAUGUGCGACUGCCCUUGAAACGACGCAUGAAACUGCUACCAGCAGGAAGAGGAGAUCGAUAGACUCGCUGACAUGCUCGGAUAUGCAGUUGCUUGGUACUUCUGGACUUUCUGCACUGACCACUACUCAGAUCUCCAACCUGGCUGACCAAGCGUUUAUCGAUUGUGCCGAAACCCUUGGGUCUGUCACAGGCUACAGCAAUACACAAAAGGACGCGCUUCUGGUGGUCGCUACCCGAGUAACGGUAUGGGGCAACCCGUCCACCUGGCUAACUACAGACAUAUACAGCGCCGGAGUGAUAUGUCAGGCCAUGACGGUGGCACAGAUCGCCUCCCUCAACCUCGAUUUGGACACCGUGAGUCGCCUUGGACAGUUCGAUGGCUGGGAUACAUUGAAGAAAAAGGCGGUAUUCGACCGGUGGUUGAGCCAACAUAAGUCCGGAGACAGUAGCACAAUCACAUCAAGUGAACUCAGAUCACUAGGACACAUCACAUGUGGCGCUGAGACAAGUCACAUCAACAAUAUACAGUUGUCUGUUUACCAGAGCGCGGUAGAUGCCAUCGGAGAGCUGACAAGUUGUGAGAACAAUCAACUACAGGCGUUUGUCAGCCACGCUAAAAAUGCUUACGGAAGUGACGUCACGACCUGGGAUUCAACUGUGAUCACCAACGUCGGAACAAGCAUUGGUGGGUUGAGUGCAAGUGAGAUUGCCAAAUUGACAGCGCUCCAGAUCGAUGUUGUAGAUCCCAACCAUGUAUCGUACAUCCCCGAUUCUAUAUUUUCGGGUUUCACAGUGAGCCAGAUCACAACAUUCAGUCCUGCGCAGGCGCAGUCCACCACCUCUAGUCAGAGGGCAGCACUGACGUCACCCCAGUUGGACGCUCUGUCCACAGUGGGAUCAAUUACAUGGAAGGCAGCAGAGUCAGGAGUUGGCUUAGUAAUUAGUUCCUGGCCUGUGACAGUGCUGAUGACGGCGCUUACGAUGUGCAAGUGUAACCUCCACUGAACAUACCACAAAGAACGUCAUCACACGGGUCGUCGUCAGGGAAGGGAAAGACGUUACGUCAUACGCCGACGGGAUCCAUUUGACCUGUGAUUUCAUGUGAACUAUUUAUUUAACCUUAGCCCAGAAUCAAUUUACUUGUGAUCAAAUGUAGAUAUUCCUUUUUUGUUGUUUUAUGUCACGUGAUUUAUUUCGAAAUAUUACAUUGAGGUGUACGAUGGGCGAAACCACUCUGGAGUUCGGUGAAUAUAAUAGUCUAACUGGAAUUAAUCCUUGCAUUUAUCACUUAUAAUAAUGGUUCUAUCAUUGUUGAUGAUUUUCAUUUUGAAAUAUGAUAUUUACAAACAUAUCGAGUGUAGGUAACAAUGCCUGGUAUGUUUAUAAUUAUGACCUAGUCCUAUUGGUACCGUGAUAACCGAUAGUUUCAGGGACUUAAUGACUGUAAAUAAAAUUAAUGAAACCGAUUUGUUUGCUUA